CGGCUCUAAUACUGUAUUAAAAUAAAUUAUUUUAUUGAUCGAAUAACUAAUUAUCUUAAUAAUACUACUAGAAAUGUUGCUGAAAAGAAAUUUACUCGAAACUGUAACAAUAAUAUCUUGUAGUGGCACAGUCAUAUGUAUUUUAUUAAACUAUGUCACAAAUAUAUCGCCUAUCACUGGAAUUUGGUUCAUAAUUUAUCUUUUAUUAUUAUUCGUUGGGUCUGUGUUCGGCAGUUUCAAAUUUAUACAAUGGUUACUUCACCUCAAUAAACCUUUGAAGUAUGAUUUAGAUAUUCUUUUAAAGAAAUAUCCUUUCUUAUCAUUCCUUACCGAUGUUUUACCGCAAAUUCAAAAGAAGGUUGAAAAUGAACAUACACAAGAAUAUGAUACGAAUGAACUAAGUGUGAUAACGUCGGUAUUGGAAAAGAAGUUGGUUUCGUCUUGGUAUAUGACGUAUAUUUCGCAAGAAAUUGGUUUUCCAUUUGCAUGUAAGCAAAUGUUGGAUCAAAUGGUUGCCAAAACGUUUCAGAUAUGUAAUAAAAUAGAAACUAAAGAUGUAUAUGUAGACACUUGUGGCAUAUUCAUAACUCAUUUGAAAGAAUAUAAAAAAGCUUUAAAAAGACAUGAAUCCAAUCCUGAAAGCUCAAUAGAAGUACUAUACAAGAAGAUACAUCCAGUAUUUAAUAACAAGAAGCCAGUAACAGCUGACCAUUGUACUGAUGUGUUGAGAAUUAUUCUAAAAGAAUUAGUACCUUGGGAAUUGUGGGACACACCAUACUCCGAGCUGCUCAUCAGGAUUCUUGCCAAAAAGCUAGAUAAUUUAAUUGAUAACACAAUAUCUGACCCAGUAUGGCUAAAUGACAGAUUACUCUCUCUGCUCAAAGUACAAUAUAAAAUUUCCGAAGAAAAGCCAGCCAAUGAGCCCCCUGUGGAAGUUAAAAAAGCAGAACCUAUAAAGCAAGAACCUGUAAAACAAGAACCUCCUGAAGUUAAAUCUAGUCCAAAAAUUACCAAAAAGAAUGUAACACCAGUGAAUCAAAACAAUAUAAAUGAGGAACAUAAAGAAGAUGACAAGUCUGAGCUUGAGAAGGCUGUAGAAGGGAGUGAGCCAUUGGAAAUAAAACCUGCAGCAAUCUUGAGACAACGCAGAGGUAGGCAGGGAAGGAAUGAAGUGAAGAUAUAUGACAGGAUUAUUGAAGGUAGUGUCAAAACUUGGGACACUGAUAUAGACUUACAGUGCAUCAGUGUUGGUCAGGAUCUGCUGGCUAGUUUGGAUGAGAUGACCCUAAGCCGGCUCUGGGGUCAUGAGGAGGCUGAACAAAGUCCCAAGAUGCGGGAUGCAUCCCCACAACCACUAUGGUUUGGCGAAGAAGACACGAUUGAAUCUGACCCAGAGACUAGCAAGGAUUCCAAGAAGGAAACGAGUCCUAAGCCCACCGAAGCCUUGCUGAAAGACCUCCAGACCACCGUCCACCACGCCAAGACCAAGAUAGGAGACCUGCAGGUCCCAUUAUACAUAGAUGUGCCCCGCAAACAUUCCAGUGAUGAAGCAGCGGGCAUGAUGGAGGGCCUUUUGGAUAAAGGUAUCGCAGGUAUUAAGAAGGGCCUCCGAUUCACGGGGCUAAGCGAUGAUUCACAAGAAAAAUCACCAGCUCAUAAAGAUAGGAACAGUGAAAAACUAUCACCCUCGGAUCUGCAUAAGAGCAGACAGAAGCCAGAAGUCGUCAUGGAAGUGAAGGAGUCCUACAUGCCUUUCGGUAACCACAAAGAAGAAAACGGGACUUCUCAUCCAUUAGUCAAACAGCAGAGGGUCACUUCACAGGAUAGUAUGCACUCGACCGCGGCGCCGCAGGCCGUCGGUGCCGGCCCGUGGGGGCGGAGGGCGGAGGGCGGCGCUCCCGAUUCGCUGUCGGAGUCCCCGGAGCCGCAGUACGAGGAGGCGGCCGACCUGUCCGCCAGCAUCGCCAAGCUGCGCACGUUGCUUCAGCACGCCGGGCCCAGGGAGGAGGCGUGGUGGGAGAGCUCGGAGCACACGCGCACGCGGGCGCACGCGCACGUCGACUCCGCCGCGCUCGCCGACGAGUAUGACAUGAACUUGGACCGCGGCUCCUCUCCCGGACAGACGACCAACAACAUGCAGAGAUUAGACAAAUUAUUCCAGCGCACGGUCACGGGAGUAUUUAACUCGAUAAAGACGGCCGUCGGCGCCGAGGGGGAGGAGGUGCCCCCCCGGCAGCUACACGAUUGGACGUACGUGUGCACCUCGCCCGAGCUGAGUGUGAGCGGGCGCGCGGCGCGGCUGCGCGCGGCGCGGCGCGCGCUGUGGCGCGUGGACGCCGCGCUCGACCCGCUGCGCGCGCUGCCCGCGCCCGCGCGCGCGCCGCCCGCGCCGCUCGACCUCGAGGAGUGGUGCGCGACCGUGGGCCGCGGCUGGUGCGCCAGUGCGGAUAGUUGGUGCGCAGUAGGGGUGUCGGACGAGCACCUCGCCUUCCGGCUCGCUACCCUGCUGUGCGCUGACCUGGUCGAAACCCUAAUAACCGCGUGGCUAGAUGACUUCAGCGAUUGGUUGAAGAAGCAAGUGUUCUUGUACUUCGAUCAGCUCUCGAAGCCGACGGAUACGACCGUCGAAAAGAAACUAAGAACAUUUAAUAUUGAUGAAACGUGCCAAAUCGUCUCGGAAUCGAUUCCAGAGACAUAUCUGUUCAGCGAGAAAACCGUAUCCGAUUCGGUCCGGCUUGUAGUAUCCAGCUUCAGCCACAAGGACGUGAAUAAGGACGUAAUAUUUCGUGCGUUGGAUAUUUUCGCGGUUCACUUCAAGAAAUCCGCCGGCCUGCGGAACCCUUCCUUUGACAACAAUUAAUCUCGUUUGACUAUCGUAUCUAUAUAUUGUUGUCUAUGGCCCCUUAAGACUCUGCCAUAAAUAUAAUAUAAUAAUAUACAGUAUUCAUUAUCAGAAUAACCGUGUACGAAAUGCAAAUUCCUGUUUACUAUUAAAAUGUACGAAGAAUAUAUAAUCACUAAAAAAUCUUUAAACGUAUUAUUAAUAUAAUUAAUUAAAAAUUAUUAACACAA